GACACGUUGAUAGGUCCUUCAUUGGUGUAUGUGCUCCUUCACUUAGAGACAGCGAUGAUCAACGAACACGUCUUUCUGUCCAGCCCAGAUCUCGUCUUGGUGCCAUACUUGAAGCCCUUUGUCCCUCGCUAUCACGAAUGGAUGGGCGAUCCCGCCUUGUUGGCCGCAACGGAGAGCGAGCCGCUGUCAUUGGAAGAAGAGUACGAGAAUCAGCACUCCUGGCUGCAGUCAACGGACAAACUUACGUUUAUUUUACUCGCGCCAAUAGAGGAGGCGGAGCGGCAGGAGGAGGGCGAAGUUGUCUCUCUGAAAGGGGCUGUAACGCCCAUAUCAGAUGCGUUUGUCGAGGCGAAGUCGCGCUACGACGGAGGUGCUACGGACAAAUCCACAGCAGACAACGCUCCCACAUUUUCUUCUUCCACUCUCUUUCCGUGGAGUUACCCAGGCACCAUAGUGCACCCGUCAGACUACACCUGCGCCGUUACCAGUGAAGACGUCGACGCCGCCUUGCAGGGAUCACGGGCUUCGCCGCUGUUGAAGCGGUUUGCUCCGUGCGGCGGACGAAGUCUAUUCCCGUCCUCCGACACCACCGCAACGUCGUCGUUUGACAACGAGAAGCUGGACGCUGCGCAACGCACGCGCGUUUGUGCACAGUCAUACGUGAUGGUCGGUGAUUGUAACCUGUUCCUGCUAGCAGAGGACGACGAGGCGGAGGGGGAGGAGGCAACCGGAAGCACGUUUGACUGGUCGAACACGACGAACGACAAGCAGAAGAAUGUACCCACCGCGGCGGUGACCGCGGCCUCCGCCCUCCCUCCAUCGCACUCCUUCGAGGUGGAGGUGAUGGUGGCGGACGUCGCGUUUCGUCGCCGCGGACUUGCCGAGGCGGCGGUGCGGAUGAUCAUGCAAUACGCCGUAGCGGUCUGCGGUGCCACUCGUUUCGUGGCCAAGAUACUGGACUCUAACACAGGCAGCAUCGCUCUCUUCACGGAGCGGCUUAAGUUUCACCUCUUCAAGGAGGUAAAAGUCUUUCACGAGGUGCAUUUCGCACGCACCUUCAAGACCGCGCAAGAGCGGCAGGCGUGGAGAGAGGAGUGCGAGAAGCGGUGCCACGCGUUGUCCCGCCACAACGCGCAGGAAGUCUCGUGCCCAACGUGCUGGUGCGGGCCGUUGACUGAAACGAUGGCUUCAUCACUACGCAUCUCUACGCAACGGCCGGCGGGUUGUGGACUGCCGUGA